CCGAUGAGUCUUCAUUCUCGCGAGUGAGAUAGUGUUUUCUGUCGUCGUCGAAACUGGUCCCUCUGUGUGAUAACUUGUCAUCAUUCCACCGUCGCCGCCGCUAUCCGUCACCGUCGUUCCGUGGAACAACGGGAAAAUCUGGAACCGUUUCCGGUGGCCACUAGUGCGUGCGCGUGUGUGAGUGCGUGAGUGUCCACGGGACGUGUACGUUUACCGUCGCCGUCGUCGUAAUCUGAGCACUUUUCUCGUCUGUCUCUCUCGGCUAGUCUCCUCUGCUGGAAGAAAUGUCUUUUGCGGAGCGGCUUGCCGGGCUGAUGGCCCGGCCCGGCGCGGACAACGUUCCCCGGGAUGACGUUCCGUGGCACCUGAAGUACGGUGGCCGCGCCGUCGGCAUCGUGGGAGGAUUCUUCUGCGUCCUGUUCGGCCUGUGGAACUGCAUCGGCAUCCUGCUCGGCGAUGUGGGCUGCCUGGUCGGCGGUAUCCUCGAGAUCGUCGUCGGCUUCGUGGUGCUCGCGAUAGAGGCGCCCUGCUGCUUCAUCUUCCUCGACUACGUGCAGCAGGUGGCGGAGAAGGCCGACCAGCGGCCGUACUGGAACCGGGCCGCCCUGUACUGUGUAAUUGCGCUUCCGCCGGUGAUCCUGUGCUUCGGAUUGGGAACGCUGUUCGGCUGCGGUCUGGUGUUUGUGACCGGAAUGAUCUACGGAAUGAUGGCCCUCGGCAAAAAAGGCACGCGUGAGGACAUGGCAGCGAUGGCGGCAUCGCCGAACGCAAUGUCCCCGGUACAGGGCGUACCGUCCACGGACCAGCACUCGACCCUGAUGGAAGAUCCCGACGUAUGGCGCCCAACAUAAAUCAGUCGCUAACAAAUUACUAAUCCCUCAAAAGCAGCCCAAAAACUAAUCAUUAGAAGCAUCGCAUUGCGUUAUUGCUCGAAUUUUUGAAUCUCACCACCAGAAGAAGAAAUACAUUACUCAAACAAUCGACAACAUUCACACAAACACACGCACACGAACAACCCGUUUUAGCAAAGUCUAGGUCUCUCUUCUCAUCUUAGAACAAACAACCAAAAACCAAAAUCAAGGAGGCAGUGUGUAGAAAAGGCUGAACUCAACUCCAAACAAACACACAAACAUUAUCCCACUGGUUCUACACGACAAUUCAGGAGACGUUUUUCAGGAGGAAAUCAUAAACGCAACUUAGAAGAACUGAAACCUUGAGAUUAGGGUUGACCGCCAAGGAGAGGGAGACUUUUUACGAACAUCGUGUCGUCAUGACCCACAAAGAUCACUUAACAGAAUCAACACACACAGAAAACCUACACAUGAGACUACAUUUCAUUACUUGUUAAGCCGAUAUUAGAGAGAGAGCGAAAAGGGAAGAGAGGAAAGUAAGAGCAUUACAAAAGAGCAAAACUACAUAACUUGGUAAAUUAACUGUAAAAAUAGUAUAAUAUUAGUCAAAGAAAAAAUUAAGACGGACACGAGUCGAACUAAAUUAAGGGCAAAGUAAAAGCAAAAA